UGCAAAGUUCGCUGUGCCAAUACUUUAUCCGGCAGUGUAUAUUUUUUCAUAAUUUUCCUUAUAUCUAACCCAUCUUUGAUUAUAAUGGCUUCGUUAAAUCGCUUGUCCCGACCACAGUGUAUGUCCCGACAAUCUUUUAAGUGCCUCGAUCGUAAUAUUCUCAAAGCGUUUAUGGGGUGGAACUCGAGCAAAUGUGAUGCAGGAAUAGAUGGCAAAGGAGUUAAGGACUUACGCACUGCCGUUGAAGAUAAAAUUAAGUCUGAGCAGGAACGUAUAAAAAAGUUUGUCAAAGAAAAUGGAAAGAAGAAAUUGGGCGAAGUGACGAUUGCGCAAAUUUAUGGUGGUAUGCGUGGCAUACCUGCGCUGCUUUGCGAAACCUCAAGACUAGAUCCUAACGUAGGUGUACGCUUUCGCGGUUAUACCAUAUCCGAUUGUCAGAAGAAGCUGCCGAAGGCUGAAUGUGGGGAUGAACCCUUGCCGGAAGGAAUUUUUUGGCUGUUAAUAACUGGAGAAAUACCCACACCGGAACAGGCAAAAAUGAUAACAGACGAAUGGAAUGAUAAAGCUGCAAUCCCUGACUAUGUUAAGAAAAUGUUGGAUAGCUUGCCAAAAGAUAUGCAUCCAAUGCCGCAGUUCUCAAUUGCCGUAACGGCAUUAAGUAAGGAUAGUGAAUUCUUGAAAGCCUACAAUAAGGGCGUUAAAAAGACAGAAUUUUGGAAGUCUGCAUUGGAGGAUACAAUGACAUUGUUAGCCAAGUUGCCCAAUAUAGCGGCAUAUAUUUACAGGAGAAGCUUUCGUGGCGGCAAAGGCUGCAAUGAAAUUGACAAGAAUUUAGAUUGGUCCGCUAAUUUUGCCCGCUUGUUGGGCUACGAUGAUCCUCGCUUUAGUGAACUUUUACGUUUGUACCUCUCUAUCCAUAGCGAUCAGGAUGCGGGAAAUGUUUCUUCGCAUACCACUCAUCUGGUGGCAUCGGCUCUCAGUGAUCCAUUUCUUUCCUUUGGUGCUGGUUUAAAUGGUUUAGCUGGUCCCUUGCAUGGUUUGGCCAAUCAAGAGGUGGUUGUGUGGAUAAAAAAAAUGCAAAAGGAAUUGGGUAGCGAGAAUCCACCAGCUGAAAAAGUCAAAGAAUAUGUAAAUAAAACCUUGAAGUGUGGUCAAGUUAUUCCUGGCUAUGGCCAUGGUGUCUUGCGUGUUACUGAUCCACGUUAUAUGGCGCAACGUAAAUUUGCCGAAAGACAUUUGCCCGAAUAUGAAACCUAUCAGCUGCUAAAAACCAUUUUCGAAGUAGUGCCACCCAUACUUAAAGCGCUGGGAAAAGUGAAAAAUCCUUGGCCAAAUGUGGACGCACAUUCCGGUGUCUUGUUGCAGUACUAUGGCAUGAAGGAAACUGCCUACUAUACAGUGCUGUUCGGUGUGUCCCGUGCAAUUGGCGUACUAUCAUCAGUUACUUGGCACCGAGCCCUGCUAAUACCAAUUGAACGUCCAACCAGCUUCACAACUGAUUUAUUAAUGGAGAGGGUGAAGAAGCAUGGCGCUGGGGAGGAUGGGAAAAAAGUAAAUGUUAAUAAAAUAUAAAUGCGUCUGAAUUUUUAUUCUGGGCUAUAGAAAAAUUUAAUCAAUGAAAAACUUAAGACAAAUUUUGUCUGUAAGACUUGGACGACACACACUACCAUAACUGGAUCUAAUUAGUUUGAGGUAAAUUGGUAUUGAAAACUGGCGUAGAUGGAGUGUAAUCGCGCCUAGCUGCUAUAUAACGCUUUUUCGCUCCCGAUUGUGUCCGAUGCUUCGAAAGCUUCGCCAAUUGACUCCCUUUGCGAAGUUCGGCCCUGAUGUAGAUAGGUCGUUUUUUAAUAAAAGACUUCCGCGCGGAAGGUGUUCUGCUCAAAAAUACAGUGGUCAGCGUAGACGGGUUUCCUGCGCAAAAAUACUGUGGAUGGCGUUUUUACCAUGUGGAUGGCGUUUAUACCAUGUGGCUUGGUUUUACCCCAUUUUAAAAUGGGUCCCAGGGGGUCUGUACAGCGGUCAGAGAGGGGAAGGGAAACAUUUCUCAAAGUUCGGACUGUGCUCUUUCUAAUGUUUGGAGUUUUAGGUGCCUUUCACUUUUUAAAAUUAAUUAUACCCGCGGGGCCUAAUUUCUUUUGUUGAUUGCGGUCUUAAUAUACGGCCAUAAUUCACGGAGCCAUCUCAAGGGUAUUCUUGACUUACAUAUGUUACAAGAUCAUCUUCGUCUCCGCUCUCUUAUUUUCUUAUAGAAUUUUUGAGCCGUACUCGUGAACAAAUUUUGCAGAUUAGCUUUGUAUAAAAAAGCAGGCGAAUGUAACAACUGAUAUAUGUUUUUGAGCAGAAAAUAAUGAGUCGAUUACGGAUUGAAACCGAACUUCGGUGAAUUGCCAGUGGCUGAAGUGGUAUUACAGAUUUUUCAUUUUAAAUGGCGUAGUUCGCUGUCAAAAAAGUGUCAAGUAGCUCUUUCGAAGUUCGAUUUUCCCCUGGGAUGUAAUUAUUGGAGCAUUUCUUUCUCGGGAGAAACACUUUCCCGGAGAAUAAACUCCCCGGGAGUAUUAGGCAUUGGACUGAAUAUACAUUUUCAUUUAUGUAAGUUGUGUUGCCCAUCGGCAACCAAACUGAGGUUGCGUUGCUAUCCAUAAUCGUAAUUUUUGCUUAGGCAUUGAUAAUAAAACCAAAUGUUUCCUAAUUUGAUAUAAUUAUUUUUAUAAAGGAAAGGUGUUACCUCAAAG